AUGGUCUUCGCUGGCAGUGCCGCUCUUUUUGCGGGGGCUCUGGCGGUCAACGAGUCCUUCACAAGGCACUUCAGUGAGUGUGAAAACAGCAUGCCCAAGGAGGAUCCAAUGUAUCGCAGCAAGGAGAACAAGCCCGUUCAGAAGCCUCAUGAAGGGGAGCCUCAUCACGAGGAGAUCACUGUAUUUGCUGGUAGCGCCAACAGGAAGCUGGCGGAGAGCAUCUGCGAACACCUUGGCACUCGCCUCGGCCGAGUCGCCCUCGGUCGCUUUGCUGACGGUGAAGUUAGUCUGCGUAUCCAAGAGAGCAUCCGCGGCAAAGAUGUGUAUCUCGUCCAACCCACCUCCCCUCCUGUCAACGAGAACCUCAUGGAGUUGCUUCUUAUGAUCUCAACAUGCAGACGGGCCUCGGCGAAGCGAAUCACAGCUGCGCGCAUUCAAGCGUCCCCAUUGGAAGAGGUUAUUGUUACUGAUAGUAUCCAACACAGCCCUGAAGACUCCAAGGAAUGCCCUAAGCUCACACAGUUGUCGAUCGCUGUGCUUAUCGCGGAUGCCAUCCGUCGCAUCCAUCAGAAGGAGAGUCUCCAUGACCUCUUUGGUGUAGCCCCCGACGCGUAG